CUCUGAUAUGGAUUUAGUGCUUCACUGAUGACGAUUAAAUUCCUCUUCCCGUAACAGUGAUACAAGCAAAUGAUUAAUCUGAAUUAUGUUUUAUGACUCUGCACUUUCAAGAAUGGGACUUUGAAUCCCGGACCAUAAAUGUGAUUUCUUCAAAGUGUGUGUGGACACUGAGAAACAAGACUUUUUAAAAGGGAUUUUUACAUGUCCUAAAUUUGCUUUGUUCAGCUGAGCUCAAUAUAAAUCUGAAAAUAUUUCACAACCUUUCCAGCACAUCCCAACAACAGAUAUGAUUUACUUUUGCAGCCUUGAGGCCAGACAUGGCACCUUUAUCAUGUUUUAACUGGUGUCCCUCCCAUGACAACCAGCCGUGUCUUUUCCUUUCAAAUCAAAGGUCACAGCCAUAAUCAAGAGAUUUUAUGACCAGCAGUCCACAUUUCACUCCACCCAGGAAGGUAACAGAAUAUUCAGCGGAUCAGAAGGUUCUAAUCUGCUUCUGAGGCUUCAUCAGAGCUUUGGAGAAGAUACACUGGGAUUUAGAUUUAACUAGUGCAUCUGGAAUACAGCGAUAAUGCCUUCCUUUAAGAAGACUCUACAUUUCUUGUCCAGCGCGCUGGCAACUUCCAUAUCCAUUGGGCUGUUGGGGUUUGCAAUGUCAGCACAGUGGUCUAAGACAACCAUGAUUUGCGCAAGAAGUGGAACUGGCCUCUUUAAUGGAACUGCUGUGGUCACUUUGGAGCUUUUUGGUGGGAAUUUACAAAGAAGCUCUUGCCCCAGCUUUGGAAGUAUUGAUGAUUUUCCAGUGAUUCCUACGCUGAUGGAAGCAAAAGAUGAAACCUCUUUAGUCCUGCAUGGUCUGGUUUUGUGCCUUUUGGUCUUGUGUCUCGUGUUUUCUGCCGGCAGCAUCCUCAUCUCCCUCUACAACAGCGUCAGUAACCCUUAUGAGACCUACAUGGGGCCUGUUGGUGUCUACACCUGCAGCUCACUCAGUGCGUGCUUGUCUGUCUUGGCUCUUAUCAUAUUUGUGCUGAACGUCAUCGUGACCAACAUGACAGAGGAAUUGGUGAAGAACUUUGUCCAAGUGGACCUGAAGGACAAGGUUUCAGAGGUGCAACUGGGAUUCUAUCUUGUCAUCCCUUACACAGUGCUCUCUCUCCUCGCAAUCGCUUUGAUCUACAUGUACGACCACGCAGCCUACACGCACAGAAGGGAACAGCAGAGGCCUACUGAGGACGCACCCAAGGAGAUAAUGAUGUACUAGUGGCCUGCAGUGGAGUCCGUUUUCAGUGACACUGGUGAAUUGCUCAUGAAGACUUUCUUAAGUAAUUUACUGUAAUGGAGAAUACGGACAGCAGCUGGAUGUACGGUAAAAUAUGAAUGUACAGCUAACAACACAUUAUCACAUUUCUUCACACUAUGAGCAAUGGUU